CUUAAAUGCUGAACAGCCUCUUCCAUUCCCUGACGACACCCGCCCCUUUCUCUCUCCCUUCACUGGCAUUAUUUUGUCUCCGUCUGGCUCACCGUCGCUCCAGCUUUCACUGGUCCUCCCCCUGUGAAGAUUCCAGUUUGGUGGUGGUCGAUACGUAAAGAUGGCCCUCCCGUUGGCAGUGGUGAUAUGUCUGUCAGCCAUCCAGCUGUGUUUAGGAGAUCAGCCCGUGGAGGAAGUCAUCCCAACAAGUACGUUGCCUCUCCUGGGCGGGGGUUUGAAAAAGGGUGUAGAGUCAGCUGAGGUUCAGGAGGCGACUGAAUAUGCUGUGAAGAUGCACAACACUCACUCCAAGAGUAAGAAGGUUUUCAAGCUGGUCUCCAUCACCUCCGUUCAGGCACAGGUCACCAACAUGAUCAACUUUAAAUAUGCGGUCCUGGGAAAAACCAAGUGUCUGAAGCGUGAAAACCAUGACCUGAACAGCUGCAGUCUUGACAAAAAGCAUCUGAAGUGCCAAUUCAUGGUGACGUUCAAUCCCCGCAACAACAAACACGAGCUCCAGUCAUCCAAGUGCCGAAAAAUUGUGGAUGAGGUUUAACUUUUGAAUCGGCUUCACUUUUUGUAGUUUGGCACCAUAACUUUUGACUACCUUAUAGCAUUUGGAUAUAAUGUUGAUGGGUUUAAAAUAUCUUUUGCGACUGGUUUUCAGUGCUGUAUGUGUGCUUUGUACAUCAACAACUUGUAACCAUGUCACAACACGAUCUUAAUAAAAUAAGUAACUGACUUUUUCA